AUGGUGGCUGAGAUCAAGUCCUCCCACCGGAUUAUGCCUGAUUCCCCGCUCAAAGCCACUGCAGAUGCUGAGCUUAUGGCCUGGUUUAACACUUUAGUCAAGGAGAAUGUCCCGGAUGAUGAUCUCGAUACCUUAGUUACUCUAUAUGUCACGGAAACGCUCAUGGACUUUAGUUUCCUUAACCUUAACUCUCGAUAA